AUGCAAGAGCACGUGGUCAGGACCAGUACCGCCCAUCAUUCACUUGCGUCUCCAGCGCCUCUUCGGGCGAGUGGCAGUCACUGUUCAAUUAAUUGGUCGCGUCCCCUGCAGACAAAAGACGCCCACCACAACGCAACUACGGCUCUGUCAUCACUUCCGUCCGAGCGCUACCACUCGGUGCUCCAGUCAAUAGCUUCCACACUGCUCACUGAGGCAGGACAUUCGCACCACUACCUUCACGACGCCUCGGUCUCUGACAUGCGAGAGAUGGUGCGUCAAUUGCUCGUUGUCCGCGGGCCAUCCGAAAGCAGCAGCUCCGGCGGUGGUGAUAAUGAUGAAGGCGAUGAGGAGCUCUUUCGUCGAGUAGACACUUUGCUUGAGCUUGAGCUCAAGAGCCACAAGACUAUCGUGAGUGCACAGGAGAUACCGACCGUGCUACCGUCUUUGUCUGAAGGAGACGAUCGUGGCUUCGAGCAGAUUGCGUUGUGGAAAGGCGACAUCACCACACUCAAGGCGACGGCGAUUGUGAAUGCCCCAAACUCGGCACCGCUCGGCUGCUUUUAUCCGUCGCACAAGUGCAUCGACAAUGCGAUUCACAGCAUGGCCGGUCCACGACUGCGUGCAGCAUGUCACGCGAUCGCUACCCGCCAUGGCCACGAAGAACCGGUCGGACACGCACAGAUCACGUCGGGCUUUGCCCUGCCUGUAGCGGAGCUACACAGCUCCUUAAGUUAG